GUUCAAGUUGAGGAGUAGUGUCAAAUGAGAGUUCCAAACCAGUUUAUGUAUACAUCUAAGAGAUACUUUUCACGAAGUUUGGUUAAUACACAAGUAUCUCUUACAUUCUUCACCAAGGAAAAGUGUAUGUUGUGUACCAAUGCAGGGGAGAUUCUUCGAAAAGCAAUUGUUUCUCCCGAUGUCGGUGAUAUCAAGAUCAAUUUGAAGACUAUUGAUAUUAUGAAGCCGGAAAAUCAGGAAUGGUUUGAUAAGUAUUGCUAUGACGUUCCCGUGUUGCAUAUUGACAGACCUGAUCAGGCGAAACCGGUUAAGUUUAUGCAUUAUUUUGACCAGGAUGUACUUGAAGAUGAGUUUAAAAAGUAGGUGCGAUAGAUAACCCCUUGUAUAUAAUUGGCUAAAAUAACUGUUUAUAGAAACCCACAAAUAUAGGAUAAUAGUAAUGAGGAGAGAAAGAGUGACUUUUGUAGCCGCACUCUUGGCUAGUUUUGGCAACAACUUAACUUGCUUAAAAAUAAUCUCUCCAAAAUAUAAUCUUGAUCUCUGCCGAGCAGGUGUAAACUAAAGACAUCGGCUAACUUAAGCGAAUACCUCGGUGCGAAUCCAAGAUAUGUCAAAGAGGGCGGGGUAAUCCCGUGUCAACCUUGCAACAGUCUUUAUGGUUCUCGAUUCACGACUUGAACUAUGACGAUACCUUCAAUAACCGACUUUCUGGAUCAAUCUAAAUAAGAGUUAUGAUUAAUAGACAUUCCCAUUGAACGAAGUAACAUUGAUUCUAUUAAUUGGAAAACUUUCUCCAUU